CCCCCCACCUUUCCCUCUAGCCCCAUCCCAACAGAUCCCGGCUUCCUUACAUGGUCACGGCUGGGCCUUGAGCUCCCGGACGUCCUCCCCCACCCCCACCACCCUCCGCCCCCACCGGACACGGCCCCCGCCCAGCAAGCCCAGCGUGGUCUGCCUGCGCCCCACCAUGGAGGACCUGGAUGCCCUGCUCUCUGACCUGGAGACCACCACCUCACACAUGCCAAGGUCAGGGGCUCCCAAAGAGCGACCCCCAGAGCCCGUCACGUCUUCCCAGCCCUAUGGCCACCAGUCACAGAUGAGGUCUGGGGAGUCUUUAGGAGCCUCUGGAGAUAAGGACCAUCUGUACAGCACGGUAUGCAAGCCUCAGUCUCCAAAGCCUGUGGCCCCUGCGGCUCCACCAUUCUCCUCUUCCAGCGGUGUCUUGGGCACAGGGCUCUGUGAGCUAGACCGGUUGCUUCAGGAACUUAAUGCUACUCAGUUCAACAUCACAGAUGAAAUAAUGUCUCAGUUCCCAUCUAGCAAGGAGACUGCAGGGGAGCAGAAGGAAGACCAAUCUGAGGACAAGAAAAGGCCCAGCCUCCCUCCCAGCCCAUCCCCUGUUCUCUCAAAACCUUCGGCCACCUCCGCCACCCUGGAACUGGAUAGACUGAUGGCCUCGCUCUCUGACUUCCGAGUCCAGAACCAUCUUCCAGCUUCUGGGCCAACCCAGCCACCAGUGCCAAGUUCUGGGAAUGAGGGCUCCCCACCCUCACCGGGGCCAACUAGCAAGGGCAGCUUAGACACCAUGCUGGGGCUGCUGCAGUCCGACCUCAGCCGCCGUGGCAUUCCCACCCAGGCCAAGGGCCUCUGUGGCUCCUGCAAUAAACCUAUUGCUGGGCAAGUGGUGACUGCUCUGGGGCGUGCUUGGCACCCUGAGCACUUCGUUUGCAGUGGCUGUUCCACGGCCCUGGGAGGCAGCAGCUUCUUCGAGAAGGAUGGAGCCCCCUUCUGCCCUGAGUGCUACUUCCAGCGCUUCUCCCCACGAUGUGGCCUCUGCAAUCAACCCAUUCGACAUAAGAUGGUUACUGCCUUGGGAACCCACUGGCACCCAGAGCAUUUCUGCUGCGUCAGUUGCGGGGAACCCUUUGGAGAUGAGGGUUUUCACGAGCGCGAGGGCCGCCCGUACUGCCGCCGGGACUUCCUGCAGCUCUUCGCCCCACGCUGCCAGGGCUGCCAAGGCCCCAUUCUGGAUAACUACAUCUCAGCGCUCAGUGCACUCUGGCACCCUGACUGUUUCGUCUGCAGGGAAUGCUUCGCACCCUUCUCAGCAGGCAGCUUUUACGAGCACGAGGGCCGCCCACUGUGUGAGAACCAUUUCCACGCGCGGCGCGGUUCGCUGUGCGCCACGUGUGGCCUCCCGGUGACCGGACGAUGUGUGUCUGCCCUGGGCCGCCGCUUCCACCCGGACCACUUCACCUGCACCUUCUGCCUGCGCCCGCUCACCAAGGGCUCCUUCCAAGAGCGCGCCAGCAAGCCCUACUGCCAGCCCUGCUUCCUCAAGCUCUUUGGCUGACUCUCAGUCCCCCAAAAUCCCGCCCUUCCUCCAAAUCCCGCCCUUCCCGAAAAGCUCGAGCUCUUGAGACUCCAAGGCCUUGCUCUCUGAGCUCCUGGCUUUCCCUAACCCCACCCUAUAAGCACCACCAGCUGUAGAGACCCGCCCCUAAGGUAUCCUACUCUACAUUCUCCCGGCCAAUCCCAAGGCCACACACCCGCACAGCGGGACACAGAUUGACUAGCACCCCUCCUGAGCCCUUCACUUUAUUCCUAACCUCAAGGGGACCCCGACUGCAGGAAGGCCCUUGCAAUUACCACUGAUCAGAAGCCAGGCUAGUACAUUCCGCACCCCGCACCCCUCCCCCCGCCCCGCGCCCACUGCUCUGUGCAUUUUAUUUUCUAUCUACAUAAAUACACAGUCCACGUUGCA